CGUGUACUCAUUGUUACUUUGCAUUACUUUAGAGUUUAGCCCAAAAAAAUCUUUAGUCUCUAGUAGCCUAGUAGAAUGUGAGAUCUAUACUCGUUUCUUCAUCUCUGAUAGCAUUGUCUCUUUGUUUCUUCGAUACUACAAACCCAACCUUCAGAUUCCCUUAUUUGCUCUUCACUCUCCUCCUCUUCUUGAUAAACUCCAGAUUUUAUUGCAAAAUUUGGUGACAAAGUGACUUUGAUUUCAAGGAAAGGUGACGACUGCUAUAUAGCUUAAAACGGUUUUGAUUUUUUCGAGUCUUCGAUUCAGAUACAUAACAAGAUGGUCAAUAUUUGAUUAGUCUUUUAUUACCACUCCGUGUAAUCCAAUCUGGGUUAUCUCAAAUUUCAGUUACUCUGUGUAGUUGUGUUUUUCCUCACGGAAGUUCAAAAGAUUAUAGGUGGGUUUUGCACCAUUUUCAGGGAAAUUUGGAAACAAGUGACUUUGAUUUCAACUAAAGAUUUUGAGAAAUUUCAUCCGGGUGCAAUCCAUUCUUUUUGCGUAAAAUGGUGAAUUUGGGAUUAUUUUCUGGGAACAAGCCUGUGAAAUCUGCAAUUGUAAGCUUCAGAAUACCUUAUUAUACCCAGUGGGGGCAGAGCCUUCUGGUAUGCGGUUCCGAACCAGUGCUUGGGUCGUGGAAUGUGAAGAAUGGUCUUUUGUUGAGCCCUUUUCACCAAGGUGAUGAGCUAAUAUGGUGUGGACGUAUACCUGUCCCGGUUGGGUUUGGAUGCGAGUACAGCUAUUAUGUGGUGGAUAAUGAAAGAAAUGUCCUGAGAUGGGAGAGUGGAAAGAAGAGGAAAAUGUUACUGCCUGAUGGGGUUCAGGCUGGAGGGUUGAUGGAGCUUCAUGAUCUUUGGCAGGUGCUGCUUUGUUUUGUGUGUGUGUUUUAUAAAUUUAAUCCCUUACUUGUUUCUCUUUCUAGGAAUGCCCAGAACAUGGUUGUUAACCUGUACAGAGCUGCUGCACUGUAUUGCAUGUAUGAGUUGGAUGGGACUUGUAUGAGGGAAAGGACUUCAGCUUAUAAGGAUAUGCCCAACUCCAUUUACUUCUUGGAUUUGAGGGCUUUCUCAUCUUCAAAUGCCUAA